AUGAUCAGGAAUUGGGGACCGGUGGCCGUGCUGUGCCUGGCUACAUUGCCGUACUUUUGUGUGUCGCGGUACGAGGAUCGUAAGUCAUGUUGUGGGGGGAUUUUUGAUGGGAUUUUGACAUGAUAUAGGGUAUAAUCGAUGAUUUAAAAUGAAAAAAAGAAAUUUUUUUUUGAAGUUUUAGGCUAAAAAGAAUGGAUUUUUAGGCUAGAAUAUUAUGUACUGGCGCUGACUUUUAAAUUUUUCUAAAUUUUGAACGCUUUCUUUGUUAUCUCCUAUUGAAGUAUUUUGAAGUCUAUUGACGUAUCUUUCAUUCUUUUUGAUGAAUUGACGUAUAACAUCUUCUCAAAGCCUCUUUUGAUGCCAUUCUAACAGAUAUUUUGACGCGACAUCUUUAUCAAUGAUUCAAAAUGAUUGUCAAUGAUCUUUUACAAUCUUUAUCACAAGAUUUUUCAACUUUUAAACUCUACUUUUUCUAAAAAUUUAAUUUUAUUACUAUAAAGAUGGUUAAUAUAGACUAUUAGGUUAGUUUGAAGAUUUUUUUUUAAUUUUUGAUUUUUUGAAUAAAGAAGUUCGAAAUGUGAAAUUAUUUUUAAAAUUAUAGGAUAUGACAUAAACAUGAUGCCGUUUGACCUACGCCCAGUCCGAGACUUCAUUGGACUGUGGGAGAUCGAAGGACCGGCUGUCGGUAACACUAGAGACCUGCCAGCCCCGUCUUUGAUUGACUUCUCGAUCAACCCCAUUCCAAAGUUUGGGGCUAGAUCUGUUAAUAUCACGUAGGUUUAAUUCAAAAACCUUUUAAUUUUGUUUUAAUGCUUAAAAAUGGCAUUUUAAAUUUUUUUUUGGUUUUUUAAGUCAACCUACAUUAUUUUUAACUAUUUAAUAAUGUAUAACAUGAUUUUUUUGGCAAAAUAUUGAAAGAUGGAAAUUUUAAAGGUUGCCAAAUAUAUGUAUAUUUACAAAAAAAAAUUUUUUUGUGAUUUUUCAUUGUAUUUUACAUUGCGUUACCUAACUUUUCAGUCAUACAUACUUCGACUCGGGUAAAAACGUAGUCAGAUCUGACUAUGGUUUCAUGCCAGUCAAAAACUCGACCAGAAGAGAUCCUCGAGUUCAUGUUGCCUACUUGACCACCAGCAGUGAAGGUGAGGCUUCAACUUUAAAUUUUAGCUUCAAAAUGAUGUUUUAAGGCUUUAAAUUUGUAUUUUUAUGCUUUUUUUAUAUUUUUAUUUCCCCUUUGGCAAAGUUAAAUUUUUAAAAAUUUCAAAAAAUUUACAUAAUUUUAAAUGUAAGUCCUUUACCCCCUUUCCAAUUCCAGGCUACUCAAUGAUGGAACAAGGGUUUGCCAAGGACAACAAGCUCAUCUUUCAUCUGAAGCAGUUCCUUCGUCGCUCUUUCGACGUCGGAAGCCGUGGAGUUGACCUUCAUGUGAGAGAAGUGAGUCAAGAUACGAAAGGAUACGAUUUCUGUUUACUUUUUACUUUCCUACAAGUAUACGUUUUACUAUUUUGAGUUGUUUGAUGGACCCAAUGAGCCAUUCGUUUUAAAUUCUACUGUACGAACGGUGGUAGUGAUAUAUAGCUACAGUACUAUUUCUAUACGGCUAGUACCAUUAGUACUAAAGACACUGAAAAUUUAUUAGUAUUGUAUUAGUGACGUCUUUAGUAGUACGUAUUUUUGUGUUUAUAGUACUAUUUUUAGUACUAAUAGCACAAUACUACUUUUAGUAUUACCAGUACAGUACAAGCUUUCACUAGCACUUUCAUAGUACGAAACCAUAGCACUACUGUGCCAUUUUUAACUACAGCACUAAAAAGUUGUACUGACAAAUCUUGUUUCAGUUCGAACGCCAGUACGAACUCCGGGACUUCCACCACAUGACCCUGAAGGUGAGAGCUGAGACCUCAAUCGACACUGAGAGUUACACUGCCAAGUACAAGAAGGUGCUGUACUGA